GCCAUGAAGCUGUGGAAAUGCCACAGGAACCUCUUAAAUUGGUUUGUCAUGGGAUUUAGAGGGCUUUGCCAGUUUUACAAACUGGUUUAAAGCAUGAAAAACCCACACAGUGAUCUCUUUUCAUUAAAGCCAUUACCAACUCUCUUCUCCUCAGACCAUGUCUUCUUCCAUCAAAAUUGAAUCUGUUGUGAAGGAGAAGAAUAGGAUUGGAGAGUGUCCAGUCUGGGAAGAAAGGGAGAAUGCCCUCAUCUAUGUAGACAUUAAUUCACAGAAAGUUUGUCGCUGGAGCCCACUCACCAAUGAAGUGCAGAGUGUGUCUGUGGACGCCCGCGUCAGCUCAGUGGCACUGCGGCAGUGUGGGGGCUACGUCAUCACCCUGGGGACCAGGUUUGCCUUUCUGAACUGGGACACCCAGGCAGUCACCACCAUCCUUGAGCUUGAGCAGGACAAACCCAACAACAGGUUCAAUGAUGGCAAAGUGGAUCCAAAGGGGAGGUUUUUUGCUGGUACAAUGGCUGAGGAGACGGCACCAGGGGUCCGAGCAAGGCGGCAAGGAGCUCUUUAUACUCUUUUCCCUGAUCAUUCAGUAAUAAAACAGUUAGACCAGGUGGACAUCUCCAAUGGUCUGGAUUGGUCCCUGGACCACAGGACCUUUUUUCACAUCGACAGCCUGGCAUAUGCUGUGCAUGCCUUCAGCUAUGAUGAGCACACUGGAAAGAUUGCAUGCCCCAAACUUUUGUACCACCUAGAAAAGGAGGAGAAAAUGCCUGAUGGGAUGUGCAUAGAUGCAGAAGGGAAGCUCUGGGUGGCCUGUAUUGAUGGUGGGAGAAUCAUUCGUAUAGACCCAGAAACAGGAAAAAGAAUCCAAACCGUGAAGAUGCCUACUCCGAGGAUCACCUCUUGCUGCUUUGGUGGAAAAGACUACUCAGAAAUGUAUGUGACUUCUGCAUAUGAGGGACUGGAUGAGAAGACCUUAGCCAAGGAACCUCACGCAGGAGAGAUUUUUAAGAUAACAGGCCUGGGUGUGAAAGGCAUCCCACAGAAUUUCUAUGCUGCUUGA